UCCUCUUCCCCUUUCCUUCCUCUUGUCCAAAACUAACAACAAAAUCCACCACCUCCACGCGCCGCUCAGAGUCCAUCCCUUGGAGCCUUCUCCGCCGCCGCCCCGGCCGGGGGUCACCUCUCGGUCCUAUACAUUUGUACAGUUGUAUUUCCAAUAUUUUCCACGUCACCGGCCGCCACUCUCAUCUCUCUUUCUUCAAAUCGAAGGAGCUAAUGCUUUCCGUUUUUGUUACGGGUGUAUGGCAGCCAUUUCCCAUCGGAUUUUUUUGAACCCGACCCAGGUUGCUACCAAUAUCCGUGUCCCUGUUUGUACCUAUCACUCGGCCGUUACAAUCUCUAGCUCCAUAUAUUAUUCAUGGCCACCACCACGACUGCUACUGCUGAUGCUGCUGCCUCUGCCCAAUUCCAAAACUCCGACGUUUUGCCCAUCCAUCAAUCCUCAACUUACCACCCACAAGUUACCAUGGCCAAGCCACCCCACGAUGGCCUUCACUUCUGGCAAUUCAUGGUUUCCGGCUCCGUCGCCGGCAUGGUAGAACACAUGGCCAUGUUCCCCGUAGACACUAUUAAGACCCAAAUGCAAGCUAUGGGCUCUUGCCCCAUGAAAUCCGCCAGCAUUAGCCAGGCUGUUCGGUCAAUUCUCAAAUCUGAAGGUCCAGCCGGACUUUACCGUGGGAUUGCCGCUAUGGGCAUCGGUGCCGGCCCCGCCCACGCGGUUUAUUUUUCCGUUUAUGAAACUUGUAAGAAAGCUUUGUCUGGCGGAAAAGAAAAUAAUCCUCUAGCACACGCUGCCUCGGGGGUUUUUGCCACCGUGGCUAGCGAUGCCGUGUUUACGCCGAUGGACAUGGUUAAACAGAGGCUGCAGCUGAAUAGUAGUCCGUAUGGAGGAUUAUUGGAUUGUGUCAAGAGGGUUUUGAGGGAGGAGGGUAUUGGGGCGUUUUAUGCCUCUUAUAAGACUACUGUGGUUAUGAAUGCGCCCUAUACCGCUGUGCAUUUUGCCAUCUAUGAGGCCGCCAAAAGGGCUUUAAUGGAGGUCUCACCCGACAGUGUCAGCGAUGAGAGAUGGGUGGUCCAUGCUACGGCUGGGGCGGCAGCUGGGGCGUCGGCUGCGGCACUCACAACCCCCCUUGAUGUUGUGAAAACUCAGCUACAGUGUCAGGGAGUCUGUGGAUGUGACAGAUUUGUAACUGGUUCAAUUAGAGAUGUUCUGCGGACUAUAGCAGAAAAAGAUGGAUAUCGUGGUCUCAUGAGAGGUUGGCUACCAAGGAUGCUCUUCCAUGCUCCUGCGGCUGCAAUUUGCUGGUCUACGUAUGAAUCUGCGAAAGACUUCUUCGAGGACGUUAAUGAUGGUGAACAUAAUGGCAAUGUUCAAUGAGGUUUAAGGCACCCUGCUUUUCCUCCUUCACUAAGGAAUCCCUCCAUGUUUGAUUGAAAGAGAUAUAUAGAUGACAAAAAUGAUUGAACAGCAUCAACUUUCAGGCGGUAUUUAUACUUGAUACAGAUGUGUAACAGAUGUUAGUGGGCAGUCAAGUCGCUAGAGCCGGAAGUCAUCUGCUUGUAGUAAAUUGUUGUUAGCUUCAAUAAGAUGGCAUAGUUUGGAGGAAGAGGCCCCAUAAUUUUGUUAAUUGUUUUCCUGAAGCACGAUGAUGCAAUAAUGUACCCUUUGUAGUAGCAUCUUCGAGAUCAUAAGAUGAUGCAGCAACGGAAAUUAGUCUGCCGAAUUAAAUAUUCUAUGGACUCAGCAAUACCUGCAUCCUGUGUUCCGAUUUUGGCGAGGGAGUUAUUUGUUUUA